GAAUGAGCGCGUGGAUUCGUUGACAUUGCAGUGUUGUCGUUUUCGUCCACAAAUCGCCAUGACCUGUGUUAAACUGUGCCUGAGAUGCACAAGUCUUCUCUCCUCCAGUACAGCGAUUCUAACACGGCAUUACACACAAACCCACGUCUCUACAAUUUUCACAAGGACUCCACCCAAAAACAUGACCAGAUUUUCCUUCCACGGUUCCUAUUCUUCCGUAAAUCAGACACACAGUAGCAGCAACAAACAUGUUGGAACUGAGGUCGAACAGAAAGCCAUAGAGUCUCCAAAAGCUGAGAUGGUUGGGUUUGAUGCCAACCAAGUCCGAGUCAGCAGUGCACUACCAGUGAAUGAUGCAGUAUUUGAUCUGGAUGCUGUAACAGAACUCUCCCCUUUAGAUGAGCUCAGUGAUGAUGAAGCUGCCAGUCUGACAGUCCCCAUGAGACUCCCCCCAUCCUCCACCUCUCUUAGUGUGUAUGUCGACAGGUCUGAGACACUGACCAAGCUCGUACAAUUGGGCGUGAAUCUCUGGAAGCUGGAGCAGAGACCUAACGUGGGUUCCAUGAUGCUGAGACUGGACUUCCAGACUGAUGUGUUGCCAAGACUACUGUUCCUGAAACAGAUUGGAGUGGAUGAGUCUCAUUUUGGCCGCAUCAUCACGCUGAACCCUUUCUUUCUUACAGAAGACUUGUGUAACUUGGAGGCAAGAGUGAACUACCUCCAGUCUAAGCAGUUUAAAGUAGAAGCGGUUGCAUCGAUGGUGACCAAAGCACCUAACCUGCUGAACUUCAGUUCAAAGAGGCUGGACAACAGACUGGGCUUCUAUCAGCAGCAACUCGGACUAAGUGCUGCUAACACUAGGGACGUUCUAAGUCGGCUGCCCAGGUUGCUGUGUAAUAGUUUGGAGCCAGUUAAAGAAAAUCUUAAGAUUUGUGAAAUUGAGCUGGGCUUUAAGAAGAAUGAGAUUCAACACAUCGUCCUUGCCGUUCCUAAAGUCUUGACGGCGAACAAGAGGAAGCUGACACAAACGUUUGACUUCCUGCACAACACGAUGAAACUACCGCACCACCAGAUUGUCAAGUUUCCUCAAGUCCUGAAUACCAAGUACUUGCGCCUUAAAGAGCGUCACCUGUUCCUGCAGUACCUUGGAAGAGCUCAGUAUGACCCAGCACAGCCGAACUACAUUUCUCUGGAUCGCCUGGUGUUUCUGCCAGACCAGGCUUUCUGCUCUGACCUGGCUGCUGCGACACCAGAAGAUUUUACUCUCUUUCUAAAGACACUUUAAUUCUGAUCAAAUGAAAAGAGAAUGGUAAACCUCAUGGAAUGAUGAUGAUGAUGAUUAUAUCAUAUUUUUGUAAAUAAAAAAAUGU